UCUCUCCCUUCUUCCUCCCCCCGCCGCAUCCCCCGUCUCCCCCGCGUCCCUCGACCCCCUCCCAAACCCUAACCCUAAACCCCACCGCCAGUUCCCCCGCGGGCCGGAUUCGGCACCCCCGCGUCGGCCCGGGCCGAUCGAUGUAGGCGCCGCCUCGCGCGCCCCGUACGCACGACACCCACCAACCCCACCCGCGCGCCGCCUCCAGAUGGCCGCGGGGUGAGGACGGCGGCGAGGGAGUGAGCGGGAGAGGAGGCGCUAGGCGAUAGAUGGCAUUGGGAGAUCUCAUGGCGUCCAGGCUCGUCGCGCACGCGCCUUCUUCCUCGGCCUCGCCGCCGCUGCCCGCGCCUUCCUCCUCGGCGACCCUUCGCCGGGGCGACGCCGGCCUCCCCGCCGCGAACGGGCCCGCGGAGCAGCCGCGGGAGGAGGGGCCCGGCGCGGCGGCGGCGGAGGAGGAGGGGACGGCCGCCGCGGUCGUCGCGUGCCUGCCGCAGGUGGUGGUGCUGCGCGAGCAGCGGCACGAGGGGUUCGACGAGGCCGCGGCCGCCGCCGCCGCCCCGUCCACCAGCGGGCCAGUCUCCAAGUGGCGGCCCAAGGACCGGAUGAAGACCGGAUGUGUUGCACUUGUAUUAUGUUUGAACAUUAGUGUUGAUCCACCAGAUGUAAUUAAAAUUUCCCCUUGCGCAAGGAUGGAGUGUUGGAUAGAUCCAUUUUCUAUGGCACCUCCCAAAGCUCUUGAAACCAUUGGAAAAACAUUACACUCACAAUAUGAUCGAUGGCAACCUAAGGCUCGUUACAAGCUUCAGCUGGAUCCAACAGUUGAAGAAGUAAAGAAACUUUGUAAUACCUGUCGCAAAUAUGCCAGGUCAGAGAGAGUUCUUUUUCAUUACAAUGGUCAUGGUGUACCAAAGCCUACAGCUAAUGGAGAGAUUUGGGUGUUUAACAAGAGUUACACACAGUAUAUCCCCCUCCCCAUUACUGAUCUCGAUUCAUGGCUGAAAACACCAUCUAUUUAUGUUUUUGACUGCUCAGCAGCUGGAAUGAUUGUGAAAGCUUUUCUAGAGCGCCUAGACUGGAGUUCGAGCUCUUCUGCAUCUUCAUCAAAGGAUUGCAUUCUCCUUGCUGCCUGCGAAGCACAUCAAACUCUUCCACAGAGUGCAGAAUAUCCUGCCGAUGUGUUUACAGCUUGCCUGACCACACCCAUCAAAAUGGCAUUGCACUGGUUUUGUAAACGAUCAUUAUUCCGUGGUUCUCUGGAUCACUCUCUUAUCGACCAAAUUCCUGGAAGGCAAAAUGACCGUAAAACACUUCUGGGGGAGUUGAACUGGAUUUUCACCGCCAUUACAGAUACUAUUGCAUGGAAUGUUCUUCCUCAUGAUCUAUUUCAAAGGCUUUUCAGGCAGGAUCUUUUGGUUGCUAGUCUCUUCCGCAACUUCUUACUUGCUGAGAGGAUCAUGCGAUCUGCAAAUUGUUCUCCAAUUACCUACCCGUUGUUACCACCCACACAUCAACACCACAUGUGGGAUGCAUGGGACAUGUCUGCGGAGAUUUGCCUUUCCAAGCUUCCUCAAUUGAUUGCCGAUCCUAAUGCAGAAUUUCAGCCGAGCCCAUUUUUUACGGAACAAUUGACAGCAUUUGAAGUGUGGCUUGAUCAUGGCUCUGAGGAUAAGAAACCCCCUGAACAGUUACCCAUUGUUCUUCAGGUAUUACUUAGUCAAUCACACAGAUUUAGAGCGCUUGUUCUGCUUGGAAGAUUUCUUGACAUGGGGCCAUGGGCAGUUGAUUUGGCCUUGUCUGUUGGUAUCUUCCCUUACGUCCUCAAACUGCUUCAAACAAGUGCAAUGGAGCUGCGUCAAAUUCUUGUGUUCAUAUGGACAAAAAUUCUCUCCCUUGAUAAGUCAUGCCAGGUUGAUUUGGUGAAAGAUGGGGGGCAUGCAUAUUUCAUCAGGUUUCUUGACAGUUUGGAUGCUUACCCGGAGCAGCGUGCAAUGGCUGCUUUUGUUUUAGCAGUUAUUGUGGAUGGGCAUAGAGGGGGUCAAGAGGCUUGCAUUAAUGCAGGUCUUAUAGAUGUUUGCCUGAGGCAUCUUCAGCCUGAGAAUCCUCAUGAUGCACAGACAGAACCUUUGCUUUUGCAAUGGCUUUGUUUAUGCCUUGGUAAAUUCUGGGAAGAUUUUCCUGAGGCUCAGUUGCUUGGUCUACAAUCUAAUGCCCCAGAAAUUGUUGCAUGUUUAUUGUCUGAGCCUCAACCUGAGGUCAGAGCCUCUGCUGUUUUUGCACUUGGAAAUCUGUUGGAUAUUGGAUCUCCAUCACAGAAUGGAGGCGAUGACGACUCUGAUGAUGAUGAAAAGGUGAGAGCUGAAAUAAAUGUUGUUCGGAGCCUUCUGCAAGUCUCUUCAGAUGGCAGCCCUCUUGUGAGAGCUGAGGUUUCUGUAGCUCUUACACGCUUCGCAUUGGGCCACAACAAACAACUCAAAAUUGUUGCUGCGGAGUAUUGGAGACCUCAAACGAAUUCACUGCUAAAGUCACUACCGUCACUGGCUAAUAUUAAUAACCCCAGCAAUGCUUACACUCCAAGCAACUUUCUGCAAGGCAGCAGCGGUCUAUCUUCUCACAUCGGUCCUGUGUUAAGGGUUGGUAGCGAUAACAGUGCCACAGGUCGUGAUGGAAGAAUUUCUACAAGCAGCCCGAUUGCGACAAAUAGCAUCAUGCAUGGGUCUCCCCAGUCAGAUGAUUCUUCGCAACAUUCUGAUUCAGGCAUAUUGCUGAGAGAAAAUGCUAGUAAUGGUGGUACCAGCUACACCAGGUCAAGGCCUAUUAUUGAUAGUGGGAUUUAUACCCAAUUUAUAUCGACUAUGUGCUCUGUUGCUAAAGAUCCUUACCCGAGAAUUGCAAGUAUUGGCCGGAGAGCACUUUCUCUUGUGGGGGUCGAGCAAGUGGUCAUGAGAAAUACUAGAUUUGGCAGCGGGGGUGCACAUCCUGGAGAAACAUCUGCUCCUCCAUCAUUAAACAUUGGAAUGGCACGCUCUUCUUCCUGGUUUGACAUGAAUUCUGGAAAUUUUUCAAUGUCAUUCAGGACCCCCCCUGUUAGUCCCCCUCAGCAUGACUACCUUACAGGGUUGCGUCGAGUCUGUUCCAUGGAGUUCAGACCACAUCUUUUGAAUUCGCCUGAUGGCUUAGCUGAUCCGCUCUUAAGCUCUGCUGCAACCCCCAGUACCAGUGAGCUUAAUAUACUUCCCCAAUCAACAAUUUACAGCUGGAGUUGUGGCCACUUCUCAAGGCCGCUUCUAACCGGCUCUGAUGACAAUGGGGAAGUAAGUGCUAGAAGAGAAGAGCGAGAACGCACUGCACUGGAUUGUAUUGCGAAGUGCCAGCGUUCCUCAGCAUGCAAGAUGACUAGCCAAAUUGCUAGUUGGGAUACAAAGUUUGAGUUGGGUACAAAAUCAGCACUAUUGUUACCGUUUUCUCCAAUCGUUGUUGCAGCUGAUGAGAACGAGCAGAUAAGAGUGUGGAACUAUGACGAUGCUCUACCAGUGAAUACUUUUGAAAACCAUAAGUUGUCUGAGAGAGGGCUAUCCAAACUUUUGCUUAUCAAUGAGCUUGAUGAAAGCUUGCUUUUAGUUGGCUCAAGUGAUGGAAAUGUCCGUAUAUGGAGAAACUAUACUCAAAAGGGAGGACAGAAACUUGUAACUGCUUUCUCAUCAGUUCAGGGCAAUCGAGCUGCUGGUCGCAGUGUUGUGAUCGACUGGCAACAGCAAUCGGGUUAUCUGUAUUCCUCUGGUGACAUGUCUUCCAUCCUUGUGUGGGAUCUUGACAAAGAGCAACUUCUCAGCACCAUUCAGUCAUCUGCUGAUAGCGGCAUAUCAGCUCUGUCUGCAUCUCAGGUUCGAUGUGGUCAGUUUGCUGCUGGUUUUCUUGACGCGUCCGUGAGGAUAUUUGAUGUUCGUACUCCUGAUAGGCUAGUUUAUACUGCAAAACCACAUGCCCCAAGAACUGAAAAGGUUGUCGGAAUAGGAUUUCAGCCUGGGUUUGAUCCAUACAAGAUUGUAAGCGCAUCUCAAGCUGGAGACAUUCAGUUUCUUGAUGUUAGAAGGGCAGCUGAGCCCUACCUCACUAUCGAAGCUCACAGGGGAUCAUUAACGGCAUUAGCUGUUCAUCGACAUGCCCCAGUCAUUGCAAGUGGCUCAGCUAAGCAAAUGAUUAAAGUGUUCAGUCUUGAAGGAGAACAGCUAACGCUCAUUCGAUACCAGCCAUCUUUUAUGGGCCAAAGAAUAGGCAGUGUAAACUGCCUUUCUUUCCAUCCAUACAAAUCUCUCCUGUCCGCUGGUGCUGGUGAUAAUGCUCUAGUCUCUAUCUAUGCUGAGGACAAUUAUCAAGUAAAAUGAGUUUCACAUCCCAGUGGCAUGCAAUGACGAUGCAAUCAGUAGGCCUUAUGAUUGGCCAACUGCUGGAUUAGCAGCAGGUUCAGCUGCAAGAUGAUGCAAAGCCUGGUCAGCGACAUGGUGGUGGUAGUGCUGCGGCUUUCGGUCCAUAUUGCUUGUGUUGGGCAUCUACAUCUCUGAUCGGCGUGUGCAAUUUGUAACAUACAGAACAAGAUUCAUUAGCCUCCCUUGCAGAAGGUUGUGGAAGUGAAAGACAGUUGUGGUCCCGUCAUUGAACUUGGAGGCUUUUCAAAAUAAUCAUACCUAGGUUAACAGAAAUGUAAAUAGCCGUCCCCAUUCGGAUUGUUGUUCUCUUAGCCAGUUUUCUUCCUUUCCCAACUGUAAAAAGGUUUGCCGAAGCUUCAUAAUCUCACAAGUCGGGUUUGGCGGGGCCUCCCAGUGCAAGUGGUUGUUUAUAUGGGCCAGGGAGAAUGAAUGCACAUGUCUCCUCACAGGUGUUCUUGAAUAGAUAGUUGCUCUUUUCCAGCUAAUAUAGCAUUAGAUGAGAAGUUACCAUGGCUUGCUUGAAUCAGUGUUCUCCAGGUCAUUCAUUGUAAGCAUUGGACUGCCAUCCAGUGUCGUCGUCAUAGCAGGGCUUCAUUGUCCAUUUGUACAUAUGAACUGCAUUUGUACAGCAGUUAACUCUCUCCUCUCAGAUGUAAUGCAUGUUCUCAGAUGUAAUGGAUGUCUGUCCUUGGUUGUAUCUUGCAUAUCUUGAAUAAUUAAAUGCACAAAUGAAGCUUGUCUCCUUUUAUUUA